UUAUUGCAAAUUGAAAGUUUAAUUCGUGGACAUUGGAAACGAGGUGCAAAAAAAUGUCGCUCUAUUUUAUAUUACUCUCAAUUUUGGGGUGUGCCUAUGCCCUUCCCAAGGAUAUUUCUAGUAAUGGUUACAAUCGCUUUCCGUCUGUGACGGAAAUGAUUGAGUCUUAUGGAUACCCAGUUGAGAGUCACGUAGCCCAAACUGCCGAUGGAUACCUUCUUACCAUGCAUCGUAUUCCAUAUGGCAGGGCUCCAGGAGCAGGACCUGAACCUAAUAAGCCCGUUGUAUUUCUCCAACAUGGAUUACUCUCAUCAUCUGCAGAUUGGGUUGUAGUUGGACCUGAAAGUGCUUUAGCAUAUAUGCUAGCAGAUCAAGGAUACGACGUCUGGAUGGGAAAUGCACGAGGAAAUACCCAUUCAAGAGCACACAUCAAUAUUAAUCCAGAUCGUCGAGCUUUCUGGGAUUUCAGUUGGCACGAAAUUGCCGUAUUUGAUCUACCAGCUAUGCUUGAUUAUACCCUAAGAGAGACUGGAAAGAGAAAACUUCAUUACGUUGGGCAUUCCCAGGGAACAACAUCUCUCUUCAUUAUGCUUUCUCUUCGUCCUGAAUACAAUGAUAUCAUGUUGUCAGCUCAUGCAUUGGCACCAGUUGCUUUCAUGUCCAAUCUUCAAAGUCCUUUUAUUCGUGCCUUUGCACCCUUUGUGGAUACGCUUGACACUAUCACGACUCUUCUGGGAAUUAAUGAAUUUGCCCCUAGUAGCAAUAUGAUGCAAAUGGGUGGAUAUGUCGCUUGCAGAGACUCCUCACCCUUCCAGGAAGUUUGUGCAAAUGCACUAUUCCUCAUUGGAGGCUUCAGCUCGGACCAGCUCAAUAGGACUCAACUCCCAGCUAUCAUGGCUAAUGCACCUGCUGGGUCAUCCAGUCAGCAAUUAGUCCACUAUGGGCAACUACACAAUUCCGGACAUUUCCGCCAAUUCGAUCAUGGACUAAUAGGAAAUUUGCAGCAAUAUGGCUCAAUUUCUCCUCCACAUUACCCACUUGAACGAAUUACAGCACCAAUAGCUCUGCACUUCAGUGAUAACGAUUGGCUGGCCGCUGUUGAAGACGUUCAGGAAUUGCGCUCAAGACUAACCAAUGCUAAUAUUAUCGGAGCUUUUCGGGUUCCCCUGGCGUCAUUUAACCACCUUGAUUUUCUCUGGGCUAUUGACGUUAGAACCUUGCUAAAUAAUCGUGUUAUCAGUCUAAUUGACCGAUUCAAUGAAUAAAAACAAAUAAACAAUUUUAUUUUUCAGCUUAUCA